AUGAACGUCGCGAUAAUAUUUCUGCUCCUGAUAAUAUACUGGCGCGUAUCGAUGGCACUCUCGAAGUUACAAAUCGAUCUGGACCAAUUUGAAGUUCUGACGGAGGCCCUGACCACCGCGUUGAGUGCUUGCAAGGGUCCGGAACUAAAUAAUAUCGGAAUUGUAACAGACUCGAACGCAUCGAUGAAAUGGACGAAAGAAUCUUUGAGAAAGGUUUCCCUAAUCGCCAUAAACGACACGGAAAAGUUCCAACAAUUUUCACGGACGUUCCAACAGGAUCGGAAGAUACGUACAUUCGUAUUGAUCCUACACUCUCCGGAUAACUUGAAAAGUACCAUAAAAGACUUACGCCGUACAAAAUGGUGGAAUCCCUCGGCGCUUUACCUCAUCCUGGACGAUCAUUCUACGCAAGAUGGCUGCCAAAAUGCGCGUCAGGUCCUUAAAAUUGCGUGGAAAGAAAACCUUUUGUCGUCCACGUUUCUAUGCGUCGGUCAAAAUGGCUUGCAACUGUACACCUACAACCCAUUCACCUCGUGGGCGCCAUCGCCUUGGCGCGAAGCAACCAAAGACUUCGAGGAUAGCGAUCCUUGGACCCUGCUCGUGCAAUCCUUCGACCAGAGUCGGACAUCGUGCGAAAACUUGGACUUUUCCAAGACGAGAACACUGGGGGGAUACCCGGUGAACGCAGUGGGCCUUCACAGUCCUCCUAGUCUCGCGAUAGAUCUCUCCAAAAGAUCGCCGACGAAACUAGGCGGCGUGGAUGGCACGAUCGCCACGUUGCUUUGGUCGAAACUGAACGCCAGCUUACGACUGACAGGGAUCACCAACAACACCCACUACUACGAAUACCUGCCACUGGUGUCGUCAGGCGUUUACGACCUGCUGAUGAACAUCCAGUACAUCUUCAACAAGCCUAACAUGACCAUGACCUACCCCCACGUGAACUCCGGGAUCAGCAUUCUGACCAGGUAUCCCGAAAACGAGUCAGCCCACGCGAAGAUCCUAAAGUUCAUGAAUCCUGUGUUCAUCCUGGGAGUGUUUCUGGUCUGUUCGGGCACGGUGAUCCUCCUCCAGGUGUUCUUUCGCAGAGGAGCGACCGACGCGAGUCUGGAAGUCCUUCGAAUGAUGCUGAACAACUCGAUGCUACGAUUUCCACGACGAAGUUCCUUAAGGAUCUACCUGGUCACGGUUUUCCUUCUGUCCAUGUUGACGGUAUCCACGUUUCAGAGCAAUCUAUCGUCCCUGCUGACUUCCUCGACGCCUAGGCUUCCGGUGGACUCCAUCGACGCGCUGAAGGCGUCCAGGUUUGCGAUCUACGCGUACCACGGAUACAAGAACGCCGUGUUCGACGACGUGCUCUUCUCCCGCGUGAAGACUGUGGAGCAUUGGGACUGCAGCGACUACGUGAUCAAGUUGGAGAACGUUGCAUGCGCGGCUGACAGGUCCACGUUGUUGGGUAUCGCCUUCGAGAAGAACCUUCAUCUGUCCAAGCACAGGAUAAACACGCUGUACUCCGGCCUGGUGGUGCGACCGGAUUGGCCGCUGAGGAGCAGGGUCGGUGAAUUGUUGAUGCACAUGUCGCAAGGUGGAUUGAUCGAUCACUCGUGGGACAGGACGAUGACUCGAUACGUGCACAAGUGGCUAGGGAAGAGCAAAGACGCCGAGAAGAAAGGCUAUCACGUGAUGAGGCUGAAGGACCUUGCGUUCGCGUUUUACAUACUGAUCUUCGGGCUCGUCGCGUCCCUGGUCGCGUUCCUCCUGGAAAUCAUGCUACGGCGUGUUUCAAAUUAUUUACUAUAUUAG